AUGAACCUGACAGAGUUAAACCAGUCUCAUUGUGAGCAUUUCUCUUGUCCAGAGAGAUCUGUAUCUCCUGCAGUUUAUAUCUUACUGUAUGUUUGUUCAGCUGCUGUGGUUCUGCUAACAGUGUGUGGAAACCUGCUUGUCAUCAUCUCUGUUCUUCACUUCAAGCAGCUUCACACACCAACAAAUACACUUGUGCUCUCUCUGGCUGUGUCAGAUUUCCUCGUUGGUGCUUUAGUGAUGCUACCAGAGUUAAUUUGGACAAUUGAAUCAUGCUGGAUUUUUGGCAAAGAUUUUUGCACCAUUUUUUGGUUAACUGGUUCUUUUAUCAUGGCCUUGUCCAUCUAUAAUAUUGCUCUCAUUGCUGUAGAUCGGUAUUUGGCUCUCUCAAACCCAUUUCUCUAUACAAACAAAAUCUCCACAAGGACAAUGUGUAUUGUGGUUUAUUCUAACUGGUGUGUGUGUCUAGGUUAUAGUAUAACAUUAUAUAAUUUUAAUGAAGGACAAAAUAGUUUUCUACUGUGUCCUGGACAGUGUUUUCUCUUUCUGAAUGAGGUAUGGUCUGUAAUUGAGCUUACAUAUUUAUUUCUUUUUCCACUUUCUGUCAUAAUUAUAUUGUAUACUCGAGUGUUUUUGAUUGCUAUGAAACAUGUCACUGCUAUCAGAGAGCUUAAUAAUCACACACGGCCUAAAUCACAGAAAAUCACCUCACACUCAAUGAAAUCUGAAAGAAAAGCAGCUAAAGUCCUCGGCAUUUUAGUGUCUGUGUUUCUGGUGUGUUUACUUCCAUAUUUUAUAUACAGUUUAUUAGGCAACCUUAUUGAACUUCAGGCAGAAACUAUCCAUACACUUUUGAUCUGGCUUUAUCUUAACUCCACCAUUAAUCCAUUUAUUUAUGCUCUGUUUUACCCAUGGUUUAGGAGGUGCAUGAACCUAAUUACAACUUUAAAAAUAUGUCAAACACAAUCUGCUUUAAUCAAUGUUCUUUCAUAA